UGGUCUGAAAAGGAUUAUAAGCUUUGCUUUGCCCCAACGAUCGAUAAAGUCAACCAAUUUUGGACAAUGAUUUUUGAGGAGGAAGUUAACAGCAUUGUUAUGUUUGCUGAAGCUCAGAAGAAAGAAUCGAGGUAUUGGCCAUCUGAUUUCAAUGAACGAACGAACUACGGACAUGUAGAGUUGGAAGUAAAAUACCUGAAUACAUACGAUGCUUAUACUCAUAUGAAAAUGAACAUAUGCAACAGAGGAACGUCAAGGACUAUUAACCACUUCCAAUGUGCACCAGUCUCAACGUUCAGUCCCGAUGGAUUCGUUGAUUUUGUAAAGUGUGUAAGAUCAAACGUUAAGACUGGGCGUAUCCUUUUGCACUCAAGCGAAGGCCUGGCAUCUACCGUUCCGUUCGUGGUAUUGGAUACAUGUAUACAGCAACUUUCUAGUGGGCCCUUUGCAGAGAAAGUAGACGUCUAUAAAAUGUUGGUGAAUAUGGUGAAGACCCGCAAAGACCUUAUGCCUCCACUGGAAUUGUUUAUUUUUACCCAUGACUGCGUGCAAGGUAUCGGAAGUAGUGACUACGAACCGCUCAAAAACACGACACAAAUUGAAAGUGUUUAUCAAACGCUGCAAGUCGAUGACUGAUGUGUGAAGCUAGGCCUGCUGUUGAAUUUAUUCUUUACCUGAUCCAUCGUAUCCAAAUGUUUAUAGGACAGUAAUGCUUAUAUUUGAAUUAAUAGUGUUGUGAUAUAUUAUAUCACAUUAUAUAUCUGCUGUAAUCAUACUUAUAAUAUAAAGUAGUUAUUCGGAUACGUGAAUUUGCAAAAAAAAAAAAAACUAACGUUUUAUCGAUGCAUACGUUUCCUGGUGAAACGAUUUUGGCUUAAUGUAAUCAAGAAAUGUAAGCAUUGUUACGUAAGUUUCAUACUGAUACAUGUACAAAUUUCCGUUUUCGUUGUUUAACAAUAAUUUGUAUAAAUAUAUGUUAUGGGCAUUUCCCGGUGAUAUGAACAAAUGAUACCACUUAUCCUAUAUUAAUAUGUAUUGCAUGUGUUCUACAUAUUUUACAUUUAAUUUUAUUAAUUAACUACAUGAUAAUGGAAACACUGUUUCUGUAUCGGCUAGGACUGUAUCAGAAAUGUGCAAUCAAUACCACUAUUUGUGAACGAACAGGCAGAGCCAUUGUGAAAUACCUACGGGUCAUAAUAUCUAAUCAGUGCAUUGUUAUUGUUGAAUAUAUCUAGUGGGUACAAUUUCGCACCUGACACAUAAGCUAAUACGGGUAAUUACCAAUUUGAUUGGUACGGGUUCGAACCAAUUGAACAACCCUCGGCCAAAUAACAUAAAAACUGGGUACAAAAUCGCUCCUGACCCAUGAGCUAAUACGAGGAAUUACCAGUUUGAUUGGUACGGAUUCGAACCAAUCAAACAACCCUCGGCCAAAGAACAAAGCAAAAUAUGAAUUACUUCGAUGAUAUAAGAAUGAGGGCAGUGAAGUGUUAUGUCAUGUUUGAAAGAAAAUAGUGUAAAUUUGCCAACAAUUCAAACUUCCUAGUUAAUAAAGUUAUAUAACUCUGUCUUGCAUAUGUUUUUAGGAAAUUGUCCCUUUACUUAUUUAAUUAAAUAUCCUGGUUAAGGGUUUGCAAUCAAUCUAAUUUUACAGUGAUCCAUGCAUAAACCACUAGUCAAUCGCGCUGUCUCUGUGACACUCGUGUUAUUUUGCGUAUGAGUUCUAAUGGUGCACAAAACAUUUCGCCUUUAUCUGGUUUAUUUGUUUAACCAUCUAAAUGGGUUAUAAAAACUGUUUUAAUUAUUAUAUAUUGUAAUACGUACUACAUAAGGAUAUGAAAUAAGGCACAUACCUCUUGACAGUACUGCGUUAACACCCGCAUUCAAACUUCAUUUGUUUAUUUGUUUCUUUUUCUAAGAAAUGAUUCAUAUUGGUCAUUGUUUAAGGGAAUACACCUAGGCCAGUAGUUAUGCCAACAUGUGUGAUUUGUUCAUACAUUAACGAAGAGUAUAUUGAAAGGUUUGUAAGGACAUUAUUCGCCAAAACGGAAGCAAUUCUAUAAACGGCACACUAAUGAUGUUAUGAGCCUUUCGAUUGUGCAGGUAGAGCCAUUGGUGACAUUAUGUUCGAUAUACCUUCGACAAAAUGAUACUAUAUGAUGUAUGGUGAAAGUUACUGUGUUUUUCAAAAAUAUGAAACAUCAUUAACACCAUGCAUAUGCAGUCAAUACUAAAACAAAAUAAAAAAAUAGCUAGCUAGUGAUGUUAAAAAUACCCAUUUCUCAUAUAUAUUUUAAUUCAUGUAUUUAGGAAAGAAGGUCUAAUACUGAUUGAUAAAACAAGCCCAAAACGUAUUCAAGCUAUAUCACAUACAACAAAUAACUGAGUGAAAUGCAUACAUGUAGUUUUAAUUCCAAAAUGAAUGAACGAAUUCUUUUGUCUUGGGGCCUAUCCAUCUGGACAUUAAUAAUUCGUUGAGUUAAAAAGUGGUUACAAGAAUAACAUAGACAAAGAAAUAAUGUUUAAUGACCUUCAUUAUUACACAAUAUCAAAUAGUUAGCUUAUGAAUAUGCUGUAUACAGUUUAUACAUAAUGCUUCUAUAAAUUUUAUUAAUUACCUCAAGUUUUCUUCACAUCCGAAGGACGGCAAAACGAUUGGUGAUCAUAAAUCUAUCAUUUGAAACGAACAAAAUGUAUAUCAGUAAAUAUGUUUACAUAAGAGACAUGUCCUUCUAUUGAUAACACCAAGAACACGACAAACGGAACUGGUACUCACACACGCGCAAAUAGUUUGCUAUCGCAUGAUGCCGGUAUGAAUAUAAAGAGUAUUUCCACUUUUGCAAGUAUAUGUACCAACAUGAUGCAACAUGUAUUAUUGAAUUCGUGGCAUACAUUGAACUAAGAGUUUAUUGUACCAAGUUGAUGAAUUUUGCGGUGUUGAAUACUUUAAAUCCGCAUGCCUGAUGAGUCACUCUGAAAAGGCGCCGUUUGUUUGUCUGUUACUGUAUAUUUUACAUCAAUUCAAUUAUGUUAUCUUUCAUUCAACAAAUAAAU